GGCGCUGGUGUCAUCAUGAAGCGUCACUUCACGGACCAUAGGGGAGGACAGUCACCAACGGACGGGACCAUCCUCAGCCUGGCCAGCCCAGGGUCCGUGGAGGAGAGUGUGGAAGUGCACUGGUCAUGGACCUCUAAGAGAGAGGAGCCGUCUCCGCGGCCCGGCCUGGCCGUUCCCCGCGAGGAGGACAUCUACUUCUCAGGCAAGGGUCGGGGCAUGCUGGGCUGGAGCAGCUCGCCAUCGUCCCGGCCCUCCUCCGAGUACCAGUCCUACUCCCAGUACCAGUCAUGCUCUUCCAGCACGUGUGGUGGCGAGGACACUGCCCGGCAAAGCAUGUGCGCCUUCUACACCCAUGUGAAGACGGUGCAGGGUGUGGCCGUGGCCUGGGAGACCGACUGUGGCUUUGAGCCGGUCAGUCGGCAGCCCCGCAUCCAUGAAGCAGAGUUCAUCAAGAGGCAGAGGCGGAAAGGCUCCUCCUUUGAGAUGGCUUCCAACACCGACCUGCGCUGGGAACUGGAAGAUGGCAAGAACAACACCUGCCCAGAGCCGGACGACACGGAGGUGCUGGUGCCCCUGGAGUGCUGCCUGCAGGAGCUGCGGGCCACCCCGGACUGGCUGGUCACCACCAACCACGGGCUGCGGUGUGUGGCCUGCUGCCGGGUCUUCCCCACGCUGGAGGUGCUGCUGGAGCACGCCCAGUAUGGCAUCCAAGAGGGCUUCAGCUGCCAGAUCUUUUACGAGGAGUUGCUGGAGAGAAGGUGGGCCCGGGGCCAAGUGCAGGAGCAAGAGCCAGAGGAGGAGGGACAGAGCGCUUCGGACAGUAGUGAAAGUCCAAGACCCCAUGUCAAGUUGCUUCCGCCACAGUCACGGUCAGAGAAGCAAUGA